CUGAACCCUAUAAAUUUGUGGAGAGACAGAAACUUACAGAGACCGAACACAAACACUUCAUCGUAGCGACAAAAUUGCUGGCUUUAGCUUGCAUGCGUAACGAGAAUAGUAGCUAUGGCGAUUUGUCUCCUAAACCACGUUACCCUUCCAUGCCAAAAUAUCCAAAAGGCGUUUCGGAGCAAGAAACUAACGUCCAGGGUUCCGAAGCUAAGGCGGUUUUUUCCGUUAUCGGAAUGACAUGCGCUGCUUGCGCUGGAUCCGUCGAGAAAGCAGUCAAACGGCUACCCGGUAUACGUGAGGCCGCCGUCGAUGUGUUGAAUAGUCGGGCUCAAGUCUUAUUCUAUCCGAGUUUCGUUAACGAAGAAACUAUUCGUAAGACUAUUGAAGAAGAUGCAGGAUUUGAGGCCACAUUGAUUCAAGAUGAGAGCAGUGAUAAAUCCACUCAGGUAUGCCGAAUACGCAUUAAUGGAAUGACUUGCACUUCUUGCUCCUCGACAGUUGAGCAAGCUCUGCAAGCAAUUCACGGUGUGCAAAAAGCCCAGAUGGCCUUAGCAACUGAAGAAGCAGAAGUUCACUAUGAUCCAAAUAUAUUGAGCUACAACCAGCUCUUACAAGCCAUUGAAGAUACAGGAUUUGAAGCCAUACUUAUCAGUACUGGUGAAGACAUGGACAAGAUACAGCUUAAAGUUGAUGGUAUAAGGACAGAAGAUUCAAUGAGAAUGAUUGAAAAUUCUCUUCGAGCACUACCUGGUGUUCAAACCAUAAACAUAGACCCCGAACUCAGCAAAUUUUCUCUUUCGUACAAACCAGAAAUGACAGGUCCGAGAAAUUUUAUCAAAGUGAUCGAAUCAACUGGGACUGGUCGAUUCAAGGCGAUGAUAUUUCCUGAAAGUGCAGGACGAGGAGAAAGUCAUAGAAAAGAGGAAAUUCAGCAAUAUUACAGAUCCUUUCUAUGGAGUUUGGUUUUCACAGUUCCUGUAUUUUUAAUAUCCAUGGUUUUUAUGUAUAUCCCUGGAACAAAGCAUGGAUUAGACACCAAAAUAGUCAAUAUGCUGACUAUUGGAGCAAUUCUGAGGUGGGCUUUAUCCACUCCUGUGCAGUUCAUUAUUGGCAGGCGAUUCUAUGCAGGGUCCUACAAAGCAUUGAAGCAUGGUUCUGCUAAUAUGGAUGUGCUGAUCGCCUUGGGAACAAAUGCUGCCUACUUCUAUUCAGUCUAUUCUGUGUUAAGAGCUGCUAGCUCUCCAGUUUUUAUGGGGACAGAUUUCUUUGAAACUAGCUCCAUGCUUAUAUCAUUUAUUCUUCUUGGCAAGUAUCUAGAAGUUUUGGCUAAAGGAAAGACGUCUGAGGCUAUUGCUAAGCUUACGGACUUAGCACCUGAUACAGCAAUAUUACUGACUCUAGAUGACGAGGGAAAUGUGGUUAGUGAAGAAGAAAUUGAUAGCCGGUUGACACAAAAGAAUGAUGUGAUUAAAAUCAUUCCUGGUGCAAAAGUAGCUUCAGCUAACCUUGUGUGCACUUUCUAA